CAGAGACCUCGAGCUACGUGCCGGAAUGUUUGGUCGCGACGAUUACGAAUCUUCUCCUGUUCGCCUUUUUAAUUAUCAAUCAUCUGUCGAAGUACUGCAGGUGUAGGAAAUAUGUGAUUGUUGGCGACAACGCCUUGAGGCAUAAGUGCUACUAUGUCUACGUCAUCAUCACCUUCGCCUUCCCCACGCUGGACGCGCUCCAUUUCGUGUUGGAAGUGAUCGGUACGAGGUGUGCGGAAAUUUACGGCUUUACGAUACUCUCCCUGCUGCUUUCCACCAUCAUUUUCCCGUACUCUCUGUGCGCAUUAGAAACGGGGAAGCUCGCUCAUAAUGGUGGAUGCUACCAGAACGUCGGGUGCCAAAUUUGCGUUUUUUGGUGGGCCGUUUUUAUUUUUCAAAACUUGUCCCUUGUGAAUUUAAGAACGUACGAGAUAAGUGAUGUGGUCAUCUUCGUCGUACGCUACGUGUGCUGCCUGGCCAUGAUCACGUUGACCUUAACGGUGCCGCGUCUCAACAGGGCCGCGGAUUCUCCUCCUCCCAGGGUGCGCAUCAGCAAACAACAGAAAUCGCCGUGGGUUUAUGUCGCCAAGAAGUUUGGGAAGAUUGCCCCGCAUUUUUGGCCGAGAAGGAAUCUGCGGCUGCAAACGCAGGCGGUACUGUGCGUCGUUUUGCUGGCGUUGGGGAGGCUGGUCAACAUCUACGUGCCGAUCUUCAAUAAACGAGUCGUCGACAGUUUGCAGGCGGGCCGUCCGGAAUUUCGCGUGGAUCUUAUCGUGGUUUACGUGGUGUUGAAAUCGCUUCAAGGUGGCGGAACGGACGGCAUGGGAAUUUUGAAUAAUAUUCGAUCGAUGUGUUGGUUACGAGUCCAACAGUACACCACGCGAAAUAUCAGGAUCGCACUACUCGCCCACUUACACGAUCUAUCCCUGCGUUGGCAUUUCGGUCGGAAAACCGGCGAGGUGCUGAGAUUAAUGGAUCGCGGCACGGAGAGCAUCAACAAUUUGAUGAAUUACUUGGUCUUCGUCAUCCUCCCAACCAUCGUCGAUAUAGUGAUCGCCAUCUUCUUCUUUGCGAUCACGUUCAAUAUUCUGUUCGGAUUGAUAAUACUGUUCACGAUGCUCAUUUAUUUCGUUGCCACCGUCGCCAUCACCGAGCUCCGCACCAAAUACAAGAGACGAAUGAAUCUUGCUGACAAUGCGACGCGAGCUCAAAGUGUCGACUCCUUGUUGAACUUUGAAACGGUGAAAUACUACGGAAAUGAGGAUUACGAAGUGGAGGCUUUUCGGGAGACCAUCACCAAAUUUCAGGGGGAAGAGUGGAAGGUUAAUGUUACACUGAACGGCUUAAAGACGUUGCAAAACGUCAUCGUAAACGUCGGUCUGUUAGUGGGCAGUUUACUAUGCGCGUACCUCGUCGCCGUUAAGUACCAGUUAACUGCAGGAGAUUACGUUUUAUUCUCGACUUACGUCCUCCAGCUCUGCGUGCCUCUAAAUUCGUUUGGAAAAUAUUACAUAACGAUACAGAAUGCUAUAGUCGACUUGGAGAACAUGCUCGACCUCCUGCACGAGGAAGUCGAAAUUGUCAACAAGAAAGGUGCGACCGAGCUUAACGUGGUGAGCGGAGACAUCGAAUUUAAGAACGUGUACUUUGGAUACGAUCCCCACCGUGAAGUGUUGAAGAAUAUUUCCUUUAGCGUUCGCCCCACUAAAACCACCGCGUUGGUUGGCCCGUCGGGCAGUGGAAAGAGCACCAUCAUCAGGCUACUGUUUCGUUUCUACGACGUUACGCGCGGCUCAAUUUUGAUCGACGGGCAAAACGUCAGUGACGUAACUACGAGAUCUUUGCGUAGAGCCAUAGGCGUCGUACCCCAAGACACCGUUCUCUUCAACAGCACGAUAAAGUACAACAUCCUGUACGGCAGGCGGGGCGCGACGGAACGCGAGAUAAUGGACGCGGCCCUUCAGGCGGAUAUCCAUCGCAUCAUCCUCAAACUGCCAAAGGGGUACCAGACGAAAGUCGGCGAACGCGGUUUGAGGCUGAGCGGCGGCGAAAAGCAACGCGUCGCGAUCGCCAGAACGCUGCUGAAGGCGCCGCAGAUCGUCGUCCUGGACGAGGCGACGAGCGCCUUAGACACCCAGUCGGAGAGGAAUAUUCAGAACGCCUUAAAGCGGGUUUGCCACAACCGAACUACGGUGAUUGUCGCGCAUCGACUGUCCACAAUCGUCCACGCCGAUGAGAUACUCGUGCUGAAAAAUGGGGAGAUUAUCGAACGGGGAACUCACGAGUCCCUAAUGCAACAGGACGGUGUGUACAACAUGAUGUGGCAGCAACAGCUACAAACGGACGAGGUCGGGCCGGAUGAAAAGGAAGACUAACCACUUCUUACUAACACGUUCCUACAGUUAAGGAAAUAAAAUUGAGCAUAUUGUUGAGUUGAAUAA